AUGGACACAAAACUCAACCCAACACUCCGGGCUGCUCAGCGCGGCCUUCUCAUGCGACCCCUAUUCGGUCGAAUCUUGACCAUCUUCCUCAAGCAGCAAGAUGACCAAACGCUGAAAGCAAUUAUUCAGAUCAUCCAAAAGCUAGAUGAGGAUAUCGUAAAGAAAUACACGAAAGACUGUGGCUUGAUUGCCGCCUUUUCUCCAGCGCUCUGGGGUCGAUGGACAGACCAAAGCAUCACCAUCUCUACCACAGUACUCGAUCGUGGUAUCAACUUUGCUAAUACUGGUGGCGAUGUCUUGCUUUAUAUUAAGUCUCCUGACCACGAGACCGCAACGAUGCUGGCAGCAUCCAUAUACCCAUCACUAGAGCCACUUGUCAUAGAUAUCCAGGAUCUCGAAGUAGGCAAGCGUCCCGAUGGCCGAGUCAUGGGUGGCCGUUACCUCGACCACAUCAGCAAUCCUAAUGACCCUAUCAGCUUAAUCGAAGAUAUUCUGAUUCCCGGGCCUGACCUCCCCCGCGGUGCCACUUUCGCUAUCACGCAGAAGUUUCUCUUCGACUGGCCUGAUAUCUCCUCGCAAUCCGGCGACGCCUUAGACGCCGUGAUUGGGCGGAGGCCGGAUGGUGAGGUAAUCUCCCAGCACGCUGGUAGCGCUCAUAUUCACCGUGCGCAUAUCCUGGACAAAAAUCUCGACCAGAGGAAACUGCUGCGCCAAGCCCUGCCAUUCGGAAAGUCCAAGGGACAGGCUAGUCGCGAAGAGGGCAUCAUGUUUGUGGCCUUCUGCAACGACCAGCAGCGGUUUGAAAACAUUCUGCAAAACAUGGUAGGCGAUCGUCCAGAGAGACCUCUUGAUCGCCUGAUGGAUUUCGUUCAGGGUAUCAGCGGCAGCUACUGGUAUGUUCCAUCAGCGACUGAGCUGAAAAUCACUGGCGUUAGUGUCAAAGAUGAUGUGUAUGAGGAUCCACACUGGGACGUUCGCGGUCCCAAUCCUUACCUUUUCUAUAACUCGCAAGAUUAUAUGCAUCAAAUGACGCAGGAGAUAGUCAUUGGAGGUGAUCGUCCCAGUGUUCGCAUCUUGAGCCUCAUGUCGAGAUCUUUCUCUCAUUGGCGAGACGGUUGGAUGACCCGCCAGCAUUUCCCACGCUUGCAGCACUUGAAAGAACUGAUUCCCCAAGAGACCUUUCCACAAUCAACUCUUGAGCGCAAGGGACUUGCUAAUUUCCAAACGCUAUCCGAUCUUCUUUCUUCACCACUCUCCAAGAUCGCGCAGGAAACCGGGUUGACUCGUAUCGCGGCCAAAGAGUUGAUCGUCGGCGCAAUCCCUGACUUCACGCUAGGAAGGGGGAAAGAGGUUGUCCCUUAUCUAGAUGAAGAUGAAACUAUGGCUGCAUGGUUGAAGGGUGGACUUAAUGAGUGGUCAGCUAUGGGACACGUCGUGCCCAAUUAUCAAACCCUAGUUGAUAACGGGCUGGCAAAAAUGAUCGCAGAUCUCGACCAACAAAGGGAAGAAGCUCAAAAUCAGGAAGAUGACGCCAAAGCAUCUUUCUAUAUCUCUGCUAGAGAUUCGAUUAGAGGUGUUCAAAAGUACCUCGAAAACUGGGUAGAGAUUGCUCAUGAUGCGCAUGAUCGGGCCACUGAUGCGGACGACAAAGAGAACAUGCAAACAGUCAUCAGCUGCCUGGAACACCUCGUGGAUCACGCACCUACCAGCUUCCACGAGGCGGUCCAGUUGAUAUUCUCUUUCCACUGCUGUCUUCAUCUUGUUGGAGAGCUUACAUCUUUUGGUCGACUCGACCAGAUCCUCUGGCCCUUCCUCGACCGAGAUAUCAAGGCAAACAAAAUCUCGUAUGAUCGUGCCCAGGAGAUAGUGGACUGCCUCUGGAUCAAAAUUGGCGAGAACGCCUUCGUCAACCGUGCGUUUAUCUACGACUAUAGAACCUACGGCACCACGUCUGUGAACGGCCUCGGCGGAAACUUCCCUCAGGGCGGUGGCAUCAACCAAUGGGUACAGCAGAUCACUGUAGGCGGGUACACGGCCACGGAUGCUGAAUCUCCAGAGGGCGGUGCCAAUCCUGUUACUCUCAUGUGCAUUAAGGCGGCACGUCGCAUCCCCGUCAACGCCCCCAGUCUCACGUUACGUGUGUAUAAAGACAUACCUAAAGAAUAUCUGGACGAAGCGGCCAAGUCAAUACUGGCCGGCGGCGCACACCCUGUUCUCUAUAACGACGACAGGCUGUGUGAAGGGCUUUUCCAGUCGGGUGAGACCAUUACCCGUGCCUGGUCCCGCAACUAUGCAGCGGACGGGUGCUAUGAGCCCAUGAUGACAGGAGCAUCGGAAUUCACGUUCGGCAACGUUGCCCCUAUGUUAGCGCUCGAGCAGACUCUUAACCAGGGCUCCACCUACGGCGCCGCAGGACCGGUAUAUCUCCGCGGUCUGAAGCAGACAUUUCGCUCCCGUCCUGCGUCAAAGAUCACUUCCUUCUCGGAACUCCAGGAAAUCUUCCUUGGUCACCUCUCCUGGCUCGUCAUCCAGAACUACAACACCCUGUUCAACGCCUAUGGCAACCUCGCCGAUAUAUGUCCAUCGCCCAUGCUUUCCGCACUCCUCGAUGGCUGCGUCGAGUCGGGACGCGAUCUAACAUCCGGUGGCGCAAAAUUUCAUAUCAGUGUAGCCAACACGAUCGACUCUCUAUACGCUAUCAAGAAGUUGUGCUUCGACACAGAGUCCGCACGCGUCACACUUCCAGAACUUGUGAGAUGCCUCAUCUGCGACUGGGGCUUUGACAUGAUCGAGCCAUACCAGGACACUAGCCUGGGCCCCGCCAACGCCGCCGAGAUGGCAGUGCGGUAUCAGGAGUUGCGAGGGGCAGCUCUGGACUUGCCCAAGUGGGCGAGCGGGGACGGGGACGAGGAGCUCCAGGACCUAGGAACGUGGCUCGUCGACAAUUUGGUACGUCUGUGUGUGGAUACCGUACGCGAGCCAACGAUGGCGCCGGCCCUUCGAGGCGCGCUAGACAGGAUCUACGAGAAAUACGGCCCGGGAUUCGAGUUUGUGGUGACGCCUGGCGUCGGAACUUUCGAGGGCUACAUAGGUGACGGCAUCGACUGCGGCGCGUCGGCGGACGGUCGCCGGAAGGGCAUGCCCAUCGCAUCGGACAUGUCGCCCGUCCCAGCCGCGCAGGAUCUUCCCGCGGCGCCGGUGCAUCGAGACAUAUACCGUGCGAUGGAGAGCUACACGAGUGAGGCCACACAGAUUGGGCUAUCGAACGCGGCACCAGUGGAUAUGAACAUUCCGGAGAACUUCCCCCUAGAUCAGCUGCAGCAGUUCCUGGCAGAUUUCGCACAAGGUAAGGUUGGAGGGAACAUGCUCACUCUGACUUGUGCCAAUCUCGAAACAUAUCAGAAAGCUUCGGAGGAUUCAGAGAAGUAUAACCUCCUUCGUGUUCGGAUGGGUGGAUGGACGGAAUUCUACGCCACCAUGUUCCCGGGAUACCAAGAGCACCAACAACGGAGGCAGUAUUUCGAGGUACAGGAACAAUACUAA